AUGCAUCUGCUGAUGAUGCGAUAUAAUUAUGCAUGUAUCUGAGGCUCAUGUACAGUAUAGUAUAGUAGUAUUAAAGUCGUCUUCUGGCCGGAUCCUUAGUCUAGCCUACUACAAAUUCUCUACCUACUUCCUAGGCGUUGGCUACACAGUAGAGAUCUGACCCAAGACUUCACUGAGGAAGUGAAGGAACACUAUCAUAACCUCGAUCACUUAACACCACUGACUGUGAGAGCCAUGGCUUUCAACAUCAAUGUCCUACCAAAGUUUGACCGUCUGACAGCUCUGUACAGACAUCGCAAGUCUAUUGAGAUGUCCAGUUCAUUCUCCGAGGAGACUACGGACGCCCAUCGUAUGGUCCACCAGAUGAGCAUGUCCCUCACCACCAAGGGUCUGCUCAACCCAACAGGAGAAAACAACUGCUUUCUCAACUCCGCUGUUCAGGUGCUGUGGCAUAUAGCAGUGUUCAGGCGAAGCUUCAGGGAAGUCAAGGGCCACCACUGUGUGGGGAAAUCAUGCAUAUUCUGCUCACUGAAGUCGCUGUUCUCGGAGUUCCAACACGACACCGGCCAAUCAGCCAUCCCCCCUGACGAGUUGAGGCAAGCAUUGGCGUUGUGUUACGAGGGUCAGCGACGGUUCCAGCUGGGACUAAUGGACGAUGCAGCCGAAUGCUUUGAGAAGUUGCUGGAGCAGGUGCACUAUCACCUGACAGGAAGUGAGGACAUGGACACGUGCUCGGCUGAACACUGCAUCUCCCACCAGAAGUUUGCAAACACCAUCCUGGAGAGGACUGAGUGCCGUUGUGGAGCGACCUCUGAACCCCUCUCAUUCGUGCAGUUUGUCCACUAUGUCUCAUCAUUAGCAUUCUCUAAGGAGGCGGAGAAACUCAAAUCCCUGCCCCCCUCCUCCCCCGAGGUUAAAAGUUUCAGCAAGAUCGUGAAUAAUGCCAGUGCCUUCGGAGAGACAAGACAGUGCACCAACUUUGCGAAAUGUCGUCAGAAUGUUGUGACAAAGCGUAUCCUGCUCAACUCUCCAGAUGCGUUCUCCUUGGGCCUCAUAUGGGACUCCGCCUCCCCCUCAAUAGAUGACAUCAUGUCGGUCGUGAGCAACAUAGGCCUUAGUCUGCAACUCAGUGAGGUGUUCGACCAUGUAUUCUCAGACGCGGCUCAGUGCAACCAGCUGGAGUUGGCAGCUGUCGUCGCGUACUAUGGUCGUCACUAUUCCACCUUCUGUUACCAUAGCAAGAGAAGCGAGUGGAUCUACUUCGACGACGCCAAGUUCAGAACGAUUGGUUCCGAAUGGUCUGACGUGUGUGAAUUGAUCCGCAAAGCUCACUAUCAGCCACUGUUGCUGGUCUACACCAACCCUUUUGGAGAAACAGUCAACCUCUCCGGGGCCCCCACUGAGACUAUUCUCUCCUCUGAGAGCUCCAAUACUCUGCCCACUGUUGAGGAAACGGAAGAAGAGACACCAGAGGAGAUCGAACUGAUGAAACAGAUUGAGAGUGAAGCUAUUCCUUCUGCCACGGCGACCACUGCUACCGGACAGUCCUCACAUACUAUUGAUCCAAUGACGUUGAGUAUCAUACCAUCGGGACUGUCUUCCCGGGGACACACUCAAACCAAUGGUGUACCUUCCAGCUCGAAUGAUCUCAUGAUGUUCAGUCUAUCUCCAGGUGCUAACAAAUCACACCCACUUGCUGAAGCAACAGACAAGAAUACCUGUGUAUCCACCACGACCCAACCGCUCACAUCCACACCUACACAGCCCCCCACGUUACAGGCUCACAGGGUCACGCCAUCACAGCCUCCCACGUCACAGCCUCACAAGGUCACGUCGACACAGCCCUCUAUGUCACAGCCUCACAAGGUCACGUCGACACAGCCCCCCACGUCACAGCCUCACAGGGUCACGUCGUCGCAGCCUCCAAUAUCACAGACUCACGGGGUCACAUCGACACAGCCCUCCAUGUCACAGCCUCACAAGGUCACGUCGACACAGCCCCCCACGUCACAGCCUCACAGGGUCACAUCGACACAGCCCCCCACGUCACAGCCUCACAAGGUCACGUCGACACAGCCCCCCACGACACAGCCUCCCACGUCACAGCCUCAAGAUUCAGCAGUUCGAGCUCGUCCGCAUACAAGCCACAAUGCACCUCCUGAUAACCAGCCGAAGUUACGCAUCAACAACAAAUCAGAUGUAGUCAUUGAAGAAACGAAAGUGCAUGCUCAGCAUCACACCUACCAAGAGGACGACCUCAUGAGUUUCAGCAUAUCACCUGCUGCUGUCAUGGCUACUCGGAACACUCAUACAAGCAGUCCUCCUUCUAAUAGUAGCCGAAAUGACAACGAUACAAGGUCCAAAGGUCAAGAUUUGAUCAAGUUUUCGCUUACUUCAGAAGAUCUGGCUAAAUUGCACACUAAGCAAUGGAAUACUGCCCCAACAUCGCGUAUGAAGCCACGUGGUCCUCAUGUAACGUCAUAUGAGUUUGCUGGUAAAUCUCAUGAUAGUCGAAGGGAACAGAGCACCAAAUUGGAUCAGCGUGAGACCAAAUUUGGGCCAAUGCCGAAUCUGAUACCAACAGCCAGCCAUGAUAAUAACAGAAGUGGUAUGGCUAGUGACAUCGAUCAAUGGGAGGUGUUGACAAUGAAAAGACUAGAGAGAGGAUCAGAGGCUAACACAACAGUAGUACGACCUCCUGGCAGCAAAUCUGAAACGCCAGCCGUCAAGUCCUUGAAGAGAAUGGCUUCUCUUACGGACCACCCCACAGACGGGAUUCCCCCUACAAUGCCGGGGAAACCCCCUUCUCCAUCAGGACACCGCCUUCCACCAUCAGGGAGCGGCAAACCUGACUUCUCGAAUCGCGAUCUACCUCAGAUUCCAAUUGCGAUACCUCAGCCAAAGCCCAGUGUCUCACCUGCUAGCCAAACUACUGGUACCUAUGUUGAGUUGGACUUUCAGAUGCCGGCUCAGAGUCAAAAACCUAUCACCAGCGACACUCACAGAGCUACCGGGCAAGCCGACUAUGCAGAGAUUAGCUUUUCUAAGAAGGAUGUACCCAAAAAAGACUCUACUUCUCGGACUCCCACUCAUUCCGACACUCCCAUUGGGUCCCACCCUCUUUACGCCCUCCCGGACAAGGGCAAGCAUCAGAUUAACCCCUCUCGCCAUCACUCCACUCUGCCGACUAGUCGUGUGAUUAGGGAGCCUACUCCUCCAAGUGGUCAUGUGACUAUGCCACCUAGUCAAGCGACUAAGCCAAGCGGUCAUGUGACGACAGUUGAUGAGUCACUAAGUAAAUCGAAUCAGCUUAUUGGUGAGGAUCCGUUGUAUGCCGUGCCAGAGCAGGUGAAAAAGCGCCUCAAGGCCUCUGACAAGGAGAUUGAUGCCCUCCCUCGAUGGGUCCAGGCCAAACUCUCCGAGGCUCGUGACCUCCUCGCUAAGGCUCAGGCUGUGAGGGGUAGCGAUGACACCGUUGCACUGAUGCUCCUCACACAGUUCAAGAGUAUUCUUGACAAGAUAUUGAGAGAUCCUGUUGUACAAUCAAGAACUGUGCUGAGUCAGCAAAUACGAGCUAAAAGAGAAGAGGGGGUGCGAUUGUACGACCAACUGAAGCCUAAAAAAGAGACACCUUCAGAAAAGACGAGGGACACGUGCGGUCGUUGUGGACAGAUGAGGGACUUGGACCCCAACCUAAUACUAUGUGGACCGUGUGUAUUAAGAUUGAGAGUGUCUUCUUGACUAUAUAAAUAUUAAAUAUGUGUCAUUGUGUUCUUACGUACGUAUAAUUAUGUGUUAGCAUUAUGUAAUUUGUCAAACUG